AUGAAAAGCAGCACCAAUGGUUUUCUGUUACUCACCAGUAUGGACAUUUUAAGAAUAGUCUGCAUUUUAAUCUGCUUUGGAAGAAGCUGGGGACAGGAGCAGACAUACAUCAUUUCAGCAGCAAAAGUAUUCCAUGUUGGAGCAUCUGAAAAUGUUGUAAUUCAAGCUCAUGGAUACACAGAAGCAUUUGACGCUACCAUCUCCAUUAAAAGCUUUCCAGAUAAAAGAUUCACUUAUUCCUCUGCAAAAGUGAAUUUAUCCCCAGAAAACAAGUUCCAGAACUCUGCACCCUUAAUUAUUCAGCCAAGAGAUUUAUCUAGCAGAGGAAAUACAGUUUCUUAUGUAUAUUUAGAAGUUGUUUCUCCCCACUUUACAAGAGAGAAAAGAAUACCUUUAACCUAUGAGAAUGGAUUUCUGUUCAUUCAGACGGACAAGCCCAUUUAUACUCCUGAUCAGUCAGUAAAGAUAAGAGUUUUUUCCUUGAAUGAAGAAUUGAAGCCAGCUCGGAGAGAAACGACCUUAACUUUUAUAGAUCCAGAAGGAGCAGAAGUUGAAAUCCUACAAGAAAAUGAUUAUGUUGGCAUUGUUUCUUUUCCUGAUUUCAAGAUUCCAUCAAAUCCAAAAUAUGGAGUGUGGACAAUUAAAGCCAAAUACAAAGAAGACUUCACAACAUUAGGCCUUACACAUUUUGAAAUUAAGGAAUAUGUGAUGCCACGCUUCUCUGUAUCAAUAGAACCAGAAAAGAACUUCAUUAGCUACAAAGAAUUUGAAGACUUCAGUAUUACUAUAAAAGCUAACUAUUUUUAUAAUAAGAAGGUCUCUGAGGGAGAUGUUUAUAUCAAUUUUGGAAUAAAAGAAAGUUUAGAAGAAGAUAGGAAAGAAAUGAUGCAUAAAUCAAUGCAGCAGGCACAGAUGAUAAAUGGAAUCACAGAAGUCACAUUUAACAGUAAGAAGGCAAUUGAAGAAUUAUCAUAUCGAAGCCUGGAAGACUUAAAUAAUAAAUACCUGUAUGUGACUGUCACAGUCCUGGAGUCAACAGGUGGAUUUUAUGAAGAAGCUGAAAUACCUGGAAUUAAAUAUGUCCUGUCUCCUUAUGAAUUGAAUUUAAUUGCUACUCCUCUUUUCUUGAAACCUGGGAUACCAUUUCCCAUCAAGGUUCAGGUGAAGGAUCCACUCAACCAGUUUGUAGGAGGGGUUGUGAUAACCCUGAAAGCAAACGCAAUUGAUGAAAAUCAGGAAGUGACCCAAAGAGAGCCUCAGAAAAGCACCACCAAUCAAAAUAAUGGAGUAGCUUUGUUUGUGGUUAAUCUUCCGUCUCAAGUGACAGCGCUGGAGUUUAACAUCAGAACUGAAGACCCUAAUCUUGCAAAUGAAAAUCAAGCUUUCAAAGAAUAUAGAGCAGUAGCAUAUUCAUCCCUCAGCAAAAGUUACCUUUAUAUUGAUUGGACAGAGAAUUUCAAACCUUUACUUGUGGGAGACCACUUAAGCAUUACUGUUAAACCUAAAAGUCCAUAUAUUGACAAAAUAGACUUCUAUAAUUAUUUGGUUUUAUCAAAGGGCAAAAUAGUUAAUUAUGGGACCAGAGAAAGGCUUGAACAUUUAGCUUAUCAAAGUCUAAACAUUCCAGUAACUCGGGACAUGAUUCCUUCAGCCCGGCUUCUUGUCUACUAUCUUGUAACAGGAGAAGACAGGGCAGAAUUAGUAGCUGAUUCAGUCUGGUUAGAUGUGGAAGAAAAAUGUGGCAAUGACCUUCAGGUUCAGCUGUCAAGAAAUGAAAACAAAUUUACUCCUGGACAAAUUGUCUCACUUAAUUUGGUAACACGGGAAAGUUCAUGGAUUGCCUUGUCAGCCAUGGAUAUGGCUAUCUAUGGAAUGAAAGGAAAUCUCAAGAAAUCCAUGGAUAUGAAAAGUGUAAUGAGAAUUUUUGAAAAAAGUGACUUGGGAUGUGGUGCUGGUGGAGGUCAGGACAGUGCACAUGUGUUUCAUUUAGCAGGACUUACAUUUCUCACCAAUGCUAAUGCAAAAGAACCACAAGAAAAUGAGAAACCUUGUAAGGAAAUAUUGAGACCAAGAAGAGAUCUGAAAGAAGAAAUUGAUAAAAAAGCUGCUCAGUACAAAAACUUCCGUGUUAAGUCAUGCUGCUAUGAUGGUGCUCAUAAAAGCCAUGAGACCUGUGAACAACGGCUUGCCAGAGUUAAAGAGGGAAAAUUUUGCAUUGAAGCUUUCAGAACUUGCUGUCUUUUAGCAACAAAAUUGCGGCUUGAACCUGAUCAUAAAGAUUUGAUACUGGGAAGAAUUUAUAUUAAGGCUUUAAUGGAUAUUGGCAAACCAGAAAUUCGAAGCUAUUUUCCUGAAAGUUGGUUAUGGGAAGUCUAUAACGUUCGUUUAAGGUACAGGUUUCCAUUGACCCUACCCGAUUCUCUAACUACCUGGGAGAUUCAAGCUAUUGGCAUUUCAGACAAAGGUAUAUGUGUUGCCAACUCUCUCCAAAUAAAAGUAUUGAAAGAUGUCUUCUUGGAGAUGAAUAUUCCCUAUUCUGUGGUGAGAGGGGAACAAAUUCAAAUGAAGGGAACAGUUUACAACUAUAAAAAUUCUGAAAUGAAGUUCUGUGUUCAAAUAUCUGUGGGUGAAGGAAUCUGUCUGGGUGGAAGUUCCUCAUCUCAUCAGCAAGGGAUAAAACAUACUCCAUGUCUUCUGAAAAAUAUAGAAGGUUCUUCUAUCCAGUCAGUUAUGUUUGAUAUUCUACCAUUAGAAUUGGGUCUUCAUACUAUCAACUUCACUCUCAACACUCCAUUUGGAAAGGAAAUCUUGGUGAAAACCUUACGAGUAGUGCCAGAAGGCAUCAAAAGGGAAAGUUAUGCUGGUUUCACACUGGAUCCCCAAGGAGUAUAUGGUUCCAUUAGCAGACGAAAAGAGUUCCAGUACAGGGUACCAUUAGAUGUGGUGCCCAAAACAAAAAUAGAACGGACUGUGAGUGUAAAAGGAGCUGUUAUUGGUGAGGUGAUUUCUGCAGUUCUGACUCCUGAAGGUAUCUCUGCUCUAAACCAUCUCCCAAAGGGGAGUGCAGAAGCAGAGCUAAUGAGCAUCAUUCCUGUAUUUUAUGUCUAUCAAUACCUGGAAGAUGGAGAUAAUUGGAACAUCCUUGGUGCCAGUCACGUAAUUGAAAAAGAGAAUAUGAAGAAGAAAAUGAAAGAAGGAAUUGUAAGUAUCCUGUCUUACAGAAAUGCAGACUACUCCUAUAGCAUGUGGAAAGGUAGAGAUUCUAGUACGUGGUUCACAGCUCUUGCUUUAAGAAUAUUUGGACAAGUAAAUAAAUAUAUACCACAGGACAGAAAUUCAAUUUGCAAUUCAUUAUUUUGGUUGAUUGAGAAAUGUCAGUUGGAAAAUGGAUCUUUCAAGGACGAUUCUGAUUAUCAACCACUAAAAUUACUGGGUACCAUACCUAAAGAUGAAAAAGAAAAAGCUAUAUAUCUCACAGCCUUUACUCUUAUUGGAAUGAGAAAGUCAUUGGAAAUAUGUCCAACUGAAAGAAUCAAUGAAGCAAUCACCAAGGCUGAGUACUACCUCCUGGAACAUGGUACAGAUGCCCAGAGCACUUUUACUUUAGCUAUUACGUCUUAUGCCUUGGCCCUUGGGAUUCCAUCUCACCCUGGUUUUCGUGCCAUCUUUUCAAAGUUAAAAAGAGAAGCUUUUAUUAAAGGCAAUCCACCCAUUUAUCGUUUUUGGAAAAAUGAUUUUAAAAGUAAAGAUACCACUGUUCCCAGUGUUACUACAGCUCAGAUGGUAGAAACCACUGCAUAUGCUCUACUUUCCAGUCUCCUUUUGAAUGACUUGAAUUAUGCCAAUCCCAUUAUCAAAUGGUUGUCUGAAGAACAAAGAUAUGGAGGUGGUUUUUAUUCCACCCAGGAUACAAUUAAUGCUAUUGAAGCCCUGACUCAGCAUGCACUUGUGCUUAAGAAACUCCAGUUGAAUAUGGACAUCAAGGUUUCUUACAAACACAAAGGUGAAGUACUCCAGUAUAAAAUGACAGACCAGAAUUCCCUUGGGAGACCAGUGGAGAUACCUUUGAAUGAUGACCUAGUAGUCAGCACGGGAUUUAGUAGUGGCUUAGCCACUGUACAUAUAAGGACUGUUGUUCAUAAUACUGGUACUUCUAGGGAGACCUGUAACUUUGAGUUGAGAAUUGAAUCCCAGGAGAUGGAAGUUGACAGCUAUGGAAGAUUUAGUGAUUCCGGAGAUAAACUCAUAAUAGCUUGUGCCAGCUACAAGCUCAAUGAGAAAGAAUCAUCAUCUGGAUCUUCCCAUGCUGUAAUGGACAUAGCUUUGCCUACUGGAAUUGAUGCAAAUGCAGAAGACUUAGCUGCUCUUACCAAUGGUGUUGAUCGACUAUUAACAAAUUACCAAAUCAAAGAUGGGCAUGUGAUUCUGCAGCUGAAUUCAAUUCCUUCUGAUGAAUUUCUUUGUGUUCGAUUCCGAGUCUUCGAGGUUUUUCAGGUUGGACUCCGUAGUCCUGCUACAUUCUCAGUAUAUGAAUACCACAGACCAGAUAAACAAUGCACUGUAUUUUAUAGCCUUCUUCAGAGCAACCUGAAAAAAGUAUGUGAAGGAUCAUUCUGUGGCUGUGUGGAAGCAGAUUGUGGGCAAAUGAAGAAAAUGUUAGACUUAACAAUUUCUGCAGAUGCCAGAAAGGAGGCAGCCUGCCAAGAAGACAUUGCAUAUGUUUAUAAAGUCGAGAUUUUAUCCAUUGCUCAAGAAAAUAGUUUUGUUAAGUACACUGCGACCCUUCUGGAUAUUUACAAGACUGGAAAAGCUCUUGCUCAGAAAAAUGCUGAUGUCAUCUUCAUUAAGAAGGACACAUGUGCUAACAUUGACAUUAAAAAGGGGAGUCAGUAUUUGAUCAUGGGAAAGGAAGCUCUUCAAAUAAAACACAAUUUCAGUUUCACAUACGUGUAUCCUUUGGACUCCCUGACCUGGAUUGAACAUUGGCCUGCAGAUGAAACUUGUUCAUCAUGUAAAGAUUUUAUAGAUAAGUUAGAAGAAUUUUCUGAAGACAUCUUUUUAAAUGGUUGUUAAAACAGUUGGAUAAAUCCAGCUUGGUGUGAUAUCCACAUUGCCUUACAAGAAAAUUAAACCAGGCAGAAGGGAGGACUUGAAAUUUGUAGUUGAACUUAGAAGAUACUCUUUAUUUUCUCUCUAAAAUGGCUUGAAUCCCAAGGCUGUCAUCAGAGGGUUGGGAUAGAAGGGACAGCAAAUGAAGGCCUAGCAUCUCUUGUACAACCACUGGUUCCUAUGUGGAAAGAUCAACCCAGUCAGAUCCCAAACAAACCCUUCCCACUAGAGCUGAGAUCUUUCCUGCUUGGGCCUCAAAAUUGUAUAAUUUCACUUUUUCAAAAUCGUUUACCCUAAGUUCUUCAGCAUUCAAAUCUGGAGUUAACUUGCAAAACCCCCCUCACUUCUAUUUCUGGGUAAUUGCUUUGAUAAGAUAAUGAUUUUAAGAGCUGCAACUUUCUACAAUAACAUGGCCUUGGGGGACAAUGUAGAAAAAUACAUUCAAGUCAUUGGAAACCAGAAGCAAUGAAUUGAAUCCCUUCCUAAAAUAAACUGCCUAGGAAUGCUUCAUUGGGCCAAAAUAACAGAUCUAUUGAAAUGUAGUAUCUUACCCAAACAUGCCCACUCCUUAGAGGAAAAUACAGGGAAAGAGAAAAGUGACCAUUAAAAACCGUUCUUGCCAUUUAAA